GCCAGCCCACAGGCACAGCGCCAGGGACUCCUCACGCAACGCUGCCACGCGCCCGAACAAAGGUUUUGAAAUAACAUUUCGCCUUACCGCCCACAGCCGGAGCACAAUAAGCCGCCGCCCCGAGUUUCAGCCAGAGGCACUGGGGCUGCCCACAACAGCUUCCGAGGGCGCCCACGCCGUCGAAGCGCAAACAUGGGUCGCGGCGCCGCCAAGCUCGAGAACCCCUGGGCCGCCCCGGCGCCGGCGCCGACCCUCGUCGACGACGCCGUGGUAAAGGAGGCCGAGCCGGAGUUUCGCCGCGUCAACCUCUCCUGCAAGUGGCGCGACCGAGUGAUCGAGCUGCCGGGCCUCGACGAGAGCCUGACGGUGGAGGAUGUGAAGAUCAUCAUCGAGGAAGAAACGAGCGUGCCCGCGGAGCGCGUCAAGUUGGUGGGACUGAAGGCGCGCGUCGGGCGCGUCAACGACGACAUGAGGCUGGCCGACUUAGUGCUCAAAUUACCCACGCAGAAAGUGAUUGUCAUGGGCACGCCCGACGAGGAGCUGCUCAAGGAGCCGUCGUCGCCGGUGGAGAUCUUUGAUGACCUGAGCGAUCGGCCCAUACAAAUCACGAAGUACACGGCCUGGGAGUGGGCGCGGUGCUCGCGCGGCGAGCUCGACGGCUUCAACGAGGACUCGGGCAAGCCCUGGAAGUGCGUUUUUGUCGAUACGUUUUGCAAGGACGGUCCUCCCGAUCCGUCGAAGUGGGCCUUCCAAUUGGACUGCAACGCGUGGGUCCACGACCAGCACCACCGGGAGCGGCAGCUCUACACGGACAAGGAGAACGCUCAUGUGAAGGACGGGGUUUUGCACAUAGAAGCUAGACGGGACCAACCGACGCCGGACCUGCCGUACUCUUCUGCUAGGUUGACGACGCGCGACGCGGCGCACGGCCGCUGGCGGUACGGGCGCGUCGAGGUCUGCGCGAAGCUCCCGCCCGUUUUUUCCCCGUGUGAAACUCUACCCCACCAGCACGCCAUCGACGCGACCUGUAUCCGCGCAGGGCAAGCCCGGCUUGUGGCCCGCCAUCUGGAUGAUGCCGUCCCGUUCCGUGCGGUGCGUAAACCAUGCCCUCCACGCCAUCGACGCGACGUCAGCUCGAUUCGCGCGCAGGUUCCGUCUACGGCAAGUGGCCGCUCUCGGGCGAGAUCGACUUGAUGGAGAACGUCGGCUGGGAGCCCGGCGUCGUGCGGGCCUCGAUCCACACGGCCCGGAACCAUCGGCGACGGGGCAACCACAACCGGCGCGUGAGCGGCGUCAAGGACGCGCACACCGCGUUCCACGUCUACGCGUGCGACUGGACGCCGGACCGCGUCGAGUUUUUUGUGGACGACCGCAAGUUCUACUCGUACAAGAACGAGGGCCGCGGCGCGGAGCAGUGGCCCUUCGACCAGGACUUUCAUUUGAUCCUGAACGUGGCGGUCGGCGGCGCGUGGGCGGCGCGGCGCGGUAUUGAUGAUUCUGCGUUUCCCUGCGCGAUGGAGGUCGCGUUCGUCAAGGUGUUCCAGCGGAGGGGUUGACCCUGUGCCCUGGCAUUGUUUGUGUAAUCUAUGUACCUCUGACAAAGAACAUUUACAAAUCACUAUCUAUGUUGAGCCGCGGCGAUGGCGUGCUGCUGGGGCAGAGGCGCUCGGACGACUACGACGCCACUCCACGCCAUCGCCGCGAUGCGCAG